AUGUCACUGGAUAUUGUAAAACCUGAUGAACCUGAAAAAGAACCAGAAAAGAAGGACAUAGCGGCCAAACCACCACAGCAAGGCCCUAAAAAAGAGGUAUUUAAACGACCGCUUACAGAAGAAGAAAAAUUGAUUAUUGUAGAUUAUUAUCAUCAAUGGGGUAAACAAUGGACCAAAAUUGCAAAACGCAUAGGUAGAAGUGAAAGUACAGUCCGAAAAUGGUAUGAAACAUUUCAGAGAACUGGUACAAGCAGCAGACCUCCUGGUCGCGAAACUCUAAUUUCACAACCAAUCAUCGAACAAGUUAUAUCAAUAUCAGCAGAAGAUCCAUCACUUACUCUAGAUGCUAUUUCUAAGAAAGUCGGAAUUUCAAGGAGUUCCGUUCAUAAUAUAUUAAAGCAGCAUAAUGUUAAAUAA